AUGUCAACUUCAAACCAAGUGCCCACGGUGAAGAACGAAGAUACGCCGCUGCAACCGCAACCGCCUCCUAGACCCAGAAAGAGAAACAGGCUGACUAAAGUUUGUCGUCGGUGCCGAGCGAAGAAGCUGAAAUGUGACCUCCAACAACCAUGUUCUCAGUGUGUGAAGAGCGGAUGUGCUGAAUUAUGUGAGUACCAAAAACCCCAAACAGGUAAGCCAGCAGCCACCAAUGGUAGUUCCUCAACAAGUCAGAUUAAACAGAGCCCGCCGUCAGUGAAGUCCGGCGGCUCUGUUUCCAAUGGAGAGGACAAUAGCCUUACUUCAGGCUCACCGAACAGCAUCAACAACCUUCAAAAACACUUGACUGCAAGGACCAAAGCUCACAUGGUAGGUUCAAUUCCCGUGAGCCAUACAUCGCCACCAACAUCACUUCCCAGCGUCGUUUUGGAAGAAAACGAGUAUUUGAUCGGUGUCAACCCAAUAGUUGGCAUGAACGACCUAAUCAACUUUCAUAUGGAUUUCUCAGAGCUUCCGCUGGGAAAAGACUAUAAGUUAAAACGAUUUACAGGUCUCAAACGCACGGCAAGACCUUUGAUGUUCAUUGUGCUUUCGCAACAGGAGCCUGGUGCCCGUUUGUUCUGGAAGUACGAGGAAUCAUGCUCUAUGAAGCUUAUCACCAUCACGACAUUUCCAAAGGACAUGCAGCAGAGAACCAUCGAAGAUGUAAAGAGACUUUUUGGUGAAGGCUACAUACCGAGCUUUCAAGAAAUUGCCGCUGCGGGGGGCUCCUUGACCAAGAGGACCCGAAAAUUGAUUUCUCAGUAUGGCUUUCCUUUGGCAAUCACUUUCACUAAAGACUUCCACGAAUCGGACCCGAUCCUUGUCUCCCUUCGAAAAGUCUUGCCUCCUAAGCUUCUGGUUGUUGCCCUUAUGCGCCGGUUUUUCAGAAAGCUCUAUGCGCAUUAUCCUAUCAUUGACGAAAGCUGGACUUACGCUCAGAUUGACAGAAUCGUUCAGUAUUCCCCAGAUGGCCAGGUUGUGGACAACGUCAACCUUCAAAACAGAGAGGAUUUGGCUGUGUUGGCAUACGUGCUUAUUAUCUUGAGGCUCUCGUACAUGAGUCAAUUUUCCAAUGUAAGGGAACAAAACGAAGCGAAGCUACGUAUGAUGGGCACUUUUGCUGACGAGGAGCAUUUCUCCAUGCAAUUCCCGAUAACCAUUGAUGCGAUCGAGUUGGCUUCCAACUUCUUACAGAAGGCCAGGUCUCCUCUUAAAACACUGUUCGUUGUUCUCCAGGCCUCCAUAUUCAUGUGUGUAUACAGAUCCCUAGCUUUGGAAAGUGAAGCUGGCUGCAAUACCAUGGCAACAAUCGAGAACUGUGGCAACUUGACCCAAAUGGCUAUUCUGUUGGCACUUGACAGAGAUCCUGAUUCCUUGUGGGACCCAAUGGAUGAACGGACGAAGCUCCUUCGACGCAAAGUCUGGUACUUUUUAAUAACCUUGGAUUUCAACACAGCUUACAUCUUCUUUUGUCCUCUCACAAUCAGACCUCAUCUGUAUGACACAAAACUUCCAGAGUACAAGAGUGGUAUAUCAAACAUUGCAGACGAGCAGCUUGAAAAGCAAACGAUCGCCUCACUUGAAAAAAUCUACCAGGCUCAACUGAAAGGUCAGCCUUUGCUCGAGAUUUGCGUGGAUUUGCAGAAUCUCCAUAAGUGCUCAGACAUGGUUCAAUGCUUGAAUGACUUUGAAAGUAAUUUGAGGAACUUGUUCGGUGUCGUUCCCGACUAUUUCACGGAUAAGUAUUCCAAUCUUCAUCCCUCCAUCAAAGUUCUCCAUUUUCGAGUACUCUCCACACUCAGGCUCUUUAUUGCCACUAUUUAUUAUUUCCUACACAUGUACUAUAAGUACAAGGGGGAACACAGCUACGAUUUUUAUUUCUUCCGAAAAAUGAUCCUCAUAGUUUUCAGCGAGAUGAACUAUUUCUGUUCUGAACUAUUUUUUGUCUGUGACAGGUUCUUCGAUGAUACAUUCACAAUGACGGUGUCACCCAUCAUCCUCUUCUACACGCACAUAGUCGCUGUUUCAGGCUUGGGUUUCGCUAUAAGACUUAAUUGCAGCUUGAUUGUGCUUAACAACGAGAACGAUACUAGCAGCUCCCUGGUGGCCUCCUUGAAAGCGUUAGAAUCGAAGAAUGAGUUGUUUGUCUUGAGAAAGCUCAAACUCAACAAGCUACUAAGUGAGAGAUAUUUUUAUGCGUGGAAGACUACAAAGUCAAACAGCUUUGGCUACAACAUGGUCUAUCAAACCAAGCUAUACAACGCCGAAAUUGAGUUGCUCAAGAAAGCUAACAUUACAUGGACCGAACGUCAACAGUAUGAAUUGGAGAACAUCAUACCCACAGACAUACCGGCCGCGUUGGGAGAUCCAGGGGAUAUUGGUCACUUGUGCUACUAUAGUAAUCGAUCGAUAGAUGAUGCUGAUUUCAGAGGCUCGGACUUAGCCAAAACCGUGCAGACAGAUAACUUGUGGAUCAACUUCAACUACUUGAUUGAUGUUGAUCCAUACUCUACGGCAUUCCCCAAAAGGUUGCCAUUUGACAAUUUCCCAUUCAAAAAUGCAGUUAAGGAAUCUGGUAGGCCAGCAACACCGAAGUCGGAAGCAACAUCAUCUUAUACGGAUGUCACUAGCCAAGCACAGCCGGAACAAAAGGUUCCGUUGGUUCAACCAUCUCCGCUUGACCCUCCUCCUAUUUUAGGUGGUGCUACACCAAACGAGUUGCUUGAUUUCAAUCUUUUUAGCACGGACUGGACAAUUGAGGAUUUCUACCCAUUGCCAAACUAUGAAUGA